UGCCAAGAGCUCCGCUCUCUUUCGCCGAGCUGUCAGUCCAGCCUGACCCGUUGUGCCAAGGCACCCGAUACCUCUUGCCAUUGUUUGAGAUCGAAAGGAAAUUUCAUUCGAUAUCUUACUGUGUAGCACAGGGGCAUAGCGCCGGAAGGAUACUCUGUUUCAAACGAUAUGUCGUACUCUGGGCCAACACCGUGAGGGCGGCACAGUGAAGCGGGCGGAGGUGAGGUUUUGCAUAAAGAGAUGGGUUGGACGCUGGUGCAGGACAGUAUCUCAUUCUUGAGCCUCACGUUCUCUGUCCCACUUCAGUCUCUCGUUUGCUUGAAGCAACCCACUCUCAUUACCAACUUUCAAUUCGUUUAUAUACUUGUUUACUCCAAGAACCACUUAACCAUUUCUGAAAGGUUUCGACGUAUCCAAAAUCACCUACAAUGAAGUUCACUCUUAUCGCCGCUGUUGCUGCCUUUGUGGCUCCCAUUGCCGCCGGUCCUGCCCAGCAGACUCCUAACGAGUUCUUCAGCUUGACCAAACGUGCUACCCUUCCCGUCCCCAAGUCGAAGGGUUCGGUCACCUACAAGAAGGCCCAGUCUAUCUCGGGUACCUUUGACGGUGGCUACAAGACCUAUGGCCGUGGUGUUAAGUGUACUGGUCAGGUUGAGGGCGGUGACGCUGAUGCGGUCUUCAUCCUUGAGAACGGCGCUACCCUGAAGAACGUUAUCAUUGGUGCUGACCAAAUCGAGGGCGUCCACUGCAAGGGUGCCUGCACCAUUGAGAAUGUCUGGUGGACCAGCGUCUGCGAAGAUGCCCUCUCUCUCAAGGGUGAUGGCAACGCGCUCGUCAAGGGUGGAGGUGCUCAAGGUGCUGAGGAUAAGGUCAUACAGCACAACGGAAAGGGCACUGUCACCAUCGAUGGUUUUACUGUCAUGGACUUCGGGAAGCUCUACCGCGCAUGCGGCAACUGCAAGAACUCCGUUUCCCGCAGCGUUGUUAUCAAGAACGUCAAGGCCUACAACGGCAAGUUGCUCGCAGGCAUCAACCCUAACUUCGGCGGAACUGCCACCAUCUCUUCCACCUGCGCCUCUUCCGUCAAGACCGUCUGCGAGGAGUUCAAGGGAACCACCCCCGGCAAUGAGCCCAAGUCUGUCUCCAAGGGUCCCUCCAACUACUGCAAGUACACCGCAUCGACCAUCAAGUCUUGCUAGAAAGCUGGUGAGACUUUCGCAAGAGCGAUAUGCUUGGUGAAGCUGAUGAGGGCUUGUGUUUGGUGACCAGAAGAUUUUUGGAGGAUUCUUGUUAUGUACCUUUGCACUAGUAGCACAUGCGGCGCAUGUAAUGUAUACUGAAUAUUUACCGACCAC